AUGGAUGUUCACCAGGGCUGGAAUUACCAAGUGUCCCCUUCCACUGGCAGAGCCUGUUCCCGAAAGUCUCUCCCGGGCAGUUAGACCUCGGAACCGCCCGCGAGCCGCCCUCUGAGGGCCGCCCACAGACCCGCACUUUUGCAGGCGGAGGACAGGCUCUUCCAGCCUACAGAAAAGUAUCGACCACGGCUUACUUUUCCUUUCUACCUUUCUUCCCCCCCCUCUCAUGUCAUGUACAGGCAAGACGCAUCAUCAUCGUCAUCAUCAUCAUCUUGCUUUUGAUCGAAACGAAAGUCGUAGUCAUUCCUCAUGCAGGGUCUUUUUUCACUUUUUUCUUUAUUUCUUUCAUCGUCUGUCUGUUUGUCUGUCUGUCGGUCUGUCUGCGUUGCCAGUAAGUAGUAUAAGUAGUAUAUUGCCCAGGCAGGAAGUCAGGCAGGCAGAUAGACAGUAUAUAUCAUCACGACAAUGCAGAGUUGCGGACGGAUAUGAUACCGAUACCGAUACCGAUACCGAUACCGAUGCCAUCACCAUCGCUGCAUAGCCGUCUGGCUGGCUGUCUGACUGGCUAGCUAGCUAAUCAAUUGCCCGAGAUGCAUGCAUGCAUGCAUGCAUACAACG